UUGCGCAUGAAAUAAUGGGAGGAGAUGUAAAAUAUAUUUUGUAUGAAGUACUUAAUCAAGUAACUUAGGAAUUAAAAAUUCUCACGUGAUUACAUUGUUCAAAUAUGGCUGAUGAAGUUCUGUUUGAUCUCUUACACUUAGAAAUGGUUUGUGCUUUUACUUCAUCUGCUGAAGACUGCAAAGAUCUUGAUGUUUCGAAAUUGGAAAAUAUUGGAUACUGCACUGGAUACCGAUUAGUUGAAAGACUAACUAGAGAGUUUGCAAGAUUUAAAGAUGAGUUAGAUAUAAUGAAAUUUAUAUGUAAAGACUUUUGGUCCAGUGUAUUUAAAAAGGAAAUUAAUAAUCUUCGUACGAACAAUCAAGGUGUUUAUGUUCUUCAUGAUAAUGCAUUCAGGUUUUUGACAAAAGUGACGAACAGUAAUCAGUUUUUAAGUGCUACCCCUAAAUAUAUAGUUUUCACUUGUGGACUUGUUCGAGGUGCAUUAAUGAACUUAGGUAUAACAUCAGUUGUUACAGCUGAUGUUUCAGCCCCUCCUAGCUGUAAGUUCCAAGUUGUAGCUCAGCGCAUGUGAAGUAGAUGCAUCAAGUGAUACUGACAUUGUUUUGCUUACGCUGAAAUUCUGAGAAAUGUCAUUUAUGGCAUAGUCAAUGAAUAAACCCGUACCUUGUGGUGACAUAAAUGUGAGUGCAAAUGCUACAAUAAUUAUUGUCUGUGUUAUACUGUACUAAUCCUCCAGACGUUUUCCGUUAUCUCUUCUAAUUUGUAUGAUAGCUAUUUAUUUUAAGUACUGUGUUUCAUAGAUUUUGUAAGGAAGAAAGUGCAUACAUCGCCAUUAGGAUUUUACUAUGAAGUUGUAAAUUUGAAUUACAUUAAAAGAAAUACUUUACUCAA